AUGGCCCAAAUGCUUCCAAAACAUAAGUAUACCAUUCUUACCCUACUCAUAUUUUCGCUUCUCCUUCAUGGAAAAUCCCAUAAAUUUUCAAGAACAUUGUCAUCAAAAUCACUUGGUUUCAAAAAACAGAAACUAAGCCACCUUGACUUCUACUUCCAUGACACCGUAAGUGGAGAUCACCCCACUGCUGUUCCAGUGGCUGAGGCUGCCAUGAGCAACACAUCCCCCACCAAGUUUGGGAAAACGCUCAUGUUUGACAACCCAUUGACAAUGGAUCCUGAACCGAGCUCCAAGAUUGUGGGAAGAGCACAAGGAAUGUAUGCAUCUGCUGAUUCAAAUGAAUUCGGUUUGCUGAUGGUCUUGAAUUAUGUUUUCACUGAAGGAAAGUACAAUGGUAGCACUUUGAGUAUGAUAGGGAGGAAUCCGGUGACGUCGCCUGUUAGAGAAAUGCCAAUCGUUGGAGGCACUGGACUUUUUCGGUUUGCAAGUGGUUAUGCACUUGCAAAGACUCAUUUUUUAAAUACGAGUAGUGGUGAUGCUAUUGUCAACUAUAAUGUUUAUGUCUUUCAUUAUUGAUCAUCAUCUUCAAAUGAUCGGAUCAAGGUUUCACAAGCUUAAAUUUCCACAGUAUUUGGUUUUUGAAUUGUUGAUGGUCUAAAACUAAUUGUUU